AUAUUGAACUUGUUACGGUUGUCUGCAGUGAUAUCAUAACACCGCAAUGUGAGUACGCUCUCAUAGGACCGCCACCCGUCUCCAUCCCUGGGCAUGACACAGGCGCUGUAAACUGGGACAAGAGGUAGGCAUGGGGAACAGAAGGAGGAGGAAGGAUGCCAGCUGAGCCCCUCAUCCCUCUGCGUCUGCCACCGCUGCCGGCUUCAGACUACAGAAAGACAGAGGGAUGGCUCAGUCUCUGAGGGGGCCGGAGACUUUAGGAGCCAUGGACCACGAGCCCAGGAGGGACAAGGGCAGGACCAGCUACUUUGGCAACGUUAAGAGCAGGCUGGGCUCCAAGCUUCCUCCCGGGGUCUCUCAGCCUCCGCAGUUCGCUAAGCCACCCUGGGAGACUCAGCCCCAGGCCCGGCUGACGCAGGAGUCCACAGCCAGCAGCCAGCGUCAGCACCAGCCCAUUGCGGGCCGGCCUCUCAACCACAUCCCCCACAUCAGAAACCCCAAGCUGCGGCAGUACUACCUGCAAGGGACUUCAUGGGAUCCGAACAAUACAGCAGUGAAGCAACAACACACGGGUGGACCGACAGAUGACAGCACAAGGAGCAGAGGUCUCCCUGGGGACACGGUGUUCAGCGUCUCAUCUCAGUUCAACAGUAACGAUACCUCCUCAGCAGAGGAGAGCAACAUGGGCCACCCUCCCUCCCACACCUCUUCAGAUGCAUCCUCCUCGUCUGCUGCCCCCCUCCCUAGAGAGGAGCUGGUCGGACUGAAGAGAAAAAACACCUCCACCAGUCAAGGAUCGUCUCAGCUGCAGCUGAACUCUGACUUGGAUCCUAAAGAGAAGGCAAAGGCAGAGGCAGGCCGAGACUGUUUGGAUAUACUCCCCGCUCCACCACACCCCCCCUCACCAGAGGCAGAAUAUGACAAACUACUGGAUGUGGAGGCGGUACCGUUGCCUGAUGGACAGCUCUGCUUAUUGGCUCUCCCACCAGAGUGCUGUCAGGGGGAGGGACCAGGGGCCAUGCCGUAUCUCAAACUGUUCUGCCGCUACAUCACUGACCGUAAGGGCGUAGUUUCCGGGAUCCUGUUGGUGACUUCUAAUAAGAUCUUCUUCGACCCGUGUAAGACACUUCCUCUCGUGAGGGAACACGGCUGUGAGGAGUACCUCCUGUCGUGUUCUGUUGACAAUCUGGCAUCUGUCUCCUUCUUCUCUGACAUCUCACGUGUUCACUUCAACACCUCCCAGCAGAGGAGAAGAGGAAAGAAAAUUUUCCAGAAACUGAAAACUGCAAAAAGCCGAGCAGGCGUCUUCCCAGACCACAAGGGGGAGCCACUCCCAGCUCUGGUGUCUGCAGCUUCCUCAGAUUUGUCCAGUCUGGCUCUGAGCCUCACCAAAGAGGUUUCUGGAGAUGAGGAGGCAGAGAGCAGAGACAUGGCGGAGGCAGAGCGGGAGCUUGAUGGCAGACCUGGGGAGGUGCUGUCUGAGGCCUCUGUCGGCGGCCUGGGAGUGGCCGUCCUGAGCAGUGCUGCCACCUUCUGCUGUGGAGCUCAGGAGGCCGCAAGUAAGGUGAAGACAGAGCUGCUGCACGCCGAUGACACCGAGAAGUCUAAAGUAAAGAGGCUGACUGCAGUGCCUCAUAGAUCAUCAGCAGGUAGUCCCGGGAGUCUAAUGUUUGUGCGCCUGCGGGUUCAGCCCUCAGCGAGGAAGAAAAAGGGUGUAGGAGGUUUUAAUCUGGGGUCAGCCAAAACCUUACCCAGAAGGGACACCUGGCUCGCCCUUUCACAAGAAAGCUCUGAUGAGCUGUAUGCCUACCUAACACACUGUCGACCAGACUUGUGUAUACUUGAGGGAGGGGGGGAGGAAGGGGAGGCGGAUCGUGACGAAGAGGAGUUUGUACUAAUUGAGGACAAAGAGGAGGAGGAGGAGGAGGAGGAGGAGGGUGAGGAGGAGGUGUUCCAGAGGCACCGCAGCUCAGGGGAUGACUGGGAGAUGGUGUUGAUGGAAGAGAAUGGGGACAAGCCGACCGCGGUCACUGACAGAGACCCAGAAGGACUCAAUAGUAUUGUAGAGAGCAGCCACAUUUUGGAACCCUCACAUGUUAGAGAGUUAUGUAAAGAACUUCCCCCCAGGACAGUCGGCCACAGCUGGCAGCUGGCUUACAGUACGUCCCGUCACGGUGCCAGCCUCAAGUCCCUCUACAGAAAACUGGGUGGCACUGACUCCCCCGUCCUUAUUGUGAUCAAGGAUGCACUUGAUGAGAUAUUCGGGGCCUUCCUCUCUCACCCUCUGAGGCUCAGUGAGACAUUCUACGGCACAGGAGAAACCUUUCUCUUCAUGUUGCACCCUCGCUUCAAGUGCUUCAGAUGGACUGGAGAAAACUCUUUCUUCAUUAAAGGAGACUUGGACUCCUUUGCCAUUGGUGGAGGCAGUGGUCACUUUGGUCUGUGGGUGGAUGAGAAUUUGUACCUGGGCCGCAGCAGCCCCUGCUACACUUUCAAUAACUGCUGCCUCUCAGAAACUGAUGACUUCCGAGUCAUGGAGCUGGAGGUGUGGGCAUUCGGCUGAGAGAGCUGGGCGAACGCUGGGUUUCUCCUCGACUCACCUCGUUGCUGCCGAUCUGCUUUAUCAAAACGGCAUUUAUCACUGAGCAAAAAUACAAGCAGCUGUGCGCUCAUUUCAUGGUAACAUCCAUGUCAAAAAAAAUUAACUGCAAACUGCUGGAUUUGUCUGUUUGAUUGUAGAUUUCCAUGGACUGAAAUGAACUGAACAAGGCUGAUCCUGAACGGCUCCCUAUCCCAAAGUUGGAUCUAAUGUUGGACUGUUUCAUGGUUGACUCAUUCCACUGGGUUUUGGCAACCAGACUGAGUUCUGCUGUAGGGAAUUGAUCCGAACCGUUUUGAAACUGGAUUCUUUGAAACCUAAUUUUUGAAUGGAGUGGGUUACAAGUCUCAGAAACUGCACUUUGCUCUUAAUGUGAAUCAGCAAGUUCAUGAUAUCUCAUUAUUUAUCAUGUGAGCAUGACCGGUCUUCAUAGCUAAUGCAUGUCCCCACUUCCAUACAGCUUCUUUCAGUUAAUGCUGAACCUUUGAAACACACUUCCAAACACGUGUACACCGUUCAUUUCUAUGGGUUUUCGUCAUUAGCGCCAUAGAGAGCAUAAAUUAACACCGGAAAUAAUCACGAGAGCACUUGGAGCUCCAGUUUGAGAAUAGCUUUCAAGUUGAAAAACCUCUCCAACCAUCUGUGUCUCAUUCAUGACUAUUCUGAACUCUUCAUUUCAAGGGAUGACUCCUACACCUCUGUGGUUUCUGAACAUGAAACCAACAGCUCGAUUGUUACUGCAAAUUAAUGCAAUUUUGUCAUUCAACUGUAUCCGUGACAUGCUCUCCCUCUGAUACGCUGAUCUACUUUGCUUAUAUUGUACAGUAUUGUAGAUUAGUUAAUAAAAAUCAG